GUGGGUAUCUGAAUGUGUAUGGCUAUGGGUGGGCAUGUCGUCAUUGGCGGUGUGUGUGGUGGUCACCUUUGAAUUGGUCGUUCCUCUACUUGUGUGCCGUUGUCGUGCUCGAUGGUCAUUGGGGACGGUGAUGGUGACGAUCAUGGUCAUGGUCAUGGUCAUGGUCAUGGUCACGGUCAUGGUCAUGGUCAUGGUCAUGCUUCGCCAUGUCAUCUACGCAGCACCAGGCGUGUCCCAGCUCAAGACUCACGCGCUGCGGUGUUCGGCCGAGGCGUCACUGCUGGCGAUCUUUGUCGGCGGGGUGCCGGGCGUGACCGAUAAGAUGCUGGUGGCGUUCGCCAGGUGGCUUACAUACCUCGCGGAUCUCCGGCCGCCCCUCUUGGAGCUCAAGCUUCCACUCGGCCUGCCGUCUGGGCGGGUCGAUCCGAUGGUGAGCGACGGCUUGCCUGGCCUCUGGGGCGCGCUGCCCGAGAUCACAGCGUCGUUCAUUCGGUCGCAAGACCGGUACUGCAUGAUGCGCUCGCCUUGGCUCCUCAUUCCGCCGUUGUCUGACGAGGCAAAGCUCUCAGCUAUCGUCAGCUCUUCCGACCGUUUGGGUGACGUCGAGAUCUACUGGUUCCGCGCGGACGACAUGCUCAAGUCCGCCUCGCACGCUCCGGUUCUGCCAAGUGCAAUGGCCGCACUCCUCCACGGCGUGAGCCAUACCCACCAUCGUACCAAGCGCGGCGAAACGCUGUGCUCCCUGGCGGAUUCCGCGUUUGGCGUUUCAACACAGCCGGCCCAGGCUCCGGGGCAGAGACAACCACCAGCACCUUCAAGAUCGAGCCCUAGUGCUGCAGCGAGACACACCACCAGCUCAAACAGCGCGGUCGCGUCGGCUGACGCGCGGGCGCGGAUGUCCUUGGCGGUCGCGUCGGCGCUCAGCAGGCGGCCCAAGCCAGCGGCCAGCCAGAAGACGCUGACAGUCGACGAGCUGAGAUCAUACAAGUUCCGCGGGCGUGGAUCCGACCCGUUCCUCGACUACCGUCAUGAGCGGUACGUACUCCCGCCGUACCAGGCCAUGCUCCCUGUUGGGACACGGACCUUUGCCUUUGAGCUCAACGUGACCUCGCUCCCGCUGUGGAACUUUUCCUCGCCUGACAUCUCGUGUAAGCUGCUCAUCGAGUCACGGCGGUCGCCAAACGCAGUGCCAGCAGUUACAGUGUACGUCAACCAGAAGCCGAUCACGCCGUCGGCCGCACAUCCGGCACCCGAAUUGGGCAAGCACCUCAUCGAGGGUCGCAACAAGAUCUCCAUCGUCCGCUCGUCGUCGUACCUGCCCGACAUCAUCAUCCUCGCCUUUGCGUACGCACCGCGCAUCAAGCCCGAGGCUGUCGGCACCACGCUCCUCCGCAAGCAACUGAAGGCUGCGGGGGACGCAUCGCAGCUCGCCGGACCCACCCGGUCGCUCGCCGUGUGCGACACCACCAUCGAGGUCUCGGGCGCCCAGGUCGCUGCCGCCAAGGCCACCUUUCUUCGCAACAACUUUGAGCUUCCCGAGCUGCCGGUCCUCUCGGUCAAGCUCUCGUUCCUCUGUCCGCUCGCCUUUGCCCGCAUGCGCCUCCCUGCAUGCGGCAAGCAGUGCACCCACGUCUCGUCGCUCUUCGACCUCGUCACGCUCCUCCAGGUCAUGGCCCACCAGGGCCGCUCAUCCACGCCCUGCCCCAUCUGCAAGAAGCCGCUCUCCACCUCGGACGUCGUCGUCGACCUCUUUGUUCUCUCGCUCGUCACCUCGCCGCAGUUUGCCGACGAGGACUGUGAGGGCGUCGUCAUCCUCCCCGACGGCUCUAUCGAAGGCGCACACGCGCCCGAGAUCGAGUACACGGCGCCGAAUCCGUCUGCGGCUCCGGCGGCCGCCGAGCUCGCGGGCCCCUCCCCCGCGCCCACAGACGCGUCGUCAACCCCGCACCUGCCCGGCGCCCAUGCCGCGACGGGCAACCCAAGCGCGCUCGCCCCGGCGGACACUACUCCGACUCCGGCGUCGGCCCUCUCCACCCCCACUGGCGCCUCCCGCAAGCGCAAGCGCGUCUUUGAAGCCGUCGACCUUACCCUCGACGACGACCCGGCCCCGGUCGUAGCGCCGCCGCCCAAGCGAACACAUCCACUCUCUGGCCUCUUUGGCUCGCCGUCACCCGAGCCGUGCGUGCCGAACUCGUCGUCGUACGCGCCGACUGAACCGUCGUACGCGCCGACUGAACCGUCGUACGCGCCGACUGAACCGUCGUACGCGCCGACUGAACCGUCGUACGCGCCGACUGAACCGUCGUACGCGCCGACUGAACCGUCGUACGCGCCGACUGAACCGUCGUACGCGCCGACUGAACCGUCGUACGCGCCGUCGUUUGCGCCGGCGUCAUCGCUCUUUACUCCACGCCCGCGCGCUGUGCCGCGCGCCGACGCUCCGGUCAUUGUCCUCGACUAGCAUCCCCCAACCUACCAAAGUCUGCCACACACUGUG